GUUGGAUAUGUAUUGCAGCAUCAUCAACCAAAGAAAGAAAACGGACAGUGCAAAACAGCUGGCUAGUUGAUUACAGAAGAGUCUUCCCCUGUUCUAAUUGACUGCUGCUACUCCUUGAUGCUUGCAUCAAAGUAGAACCUAAACUAGGCUUUAAUUUUAUUUCUAUCCCAUGUAAAGUUGCUCAUGAUGCAACUUCCAAAAGGUUGGCAAACUGUUCACUUCAAGAAACCAGGGAUGGCUGCAGAAGAAGUUUUCAAGGAGUGUGAGGCAGAACUGCUCCAUGCUGCUCACAACCUCCAUUUUCUCCUUGGUUCAUUACACUUUUGCCAGACUGCUUUCCAAGUGAAGAAAUGUCACAUAAAAUUCAGCUAAGGUGGGUGGAGAGUACUGACUGACUUUUUAACCCAAGGUCUGUUCUUGGAAGAUUCCAAUUUGUUGAAACAAUACGUUUUUGAAUUUUGAUGUGUAGUUUACCAUAUGAGGUUUCUUCUUUUGACAUCUUGAACAUAGUUUUCACAUUGAAAUUAUAGAGCUAAAUUGUCAAUUGAUUUGCGUUGUCUUUUACUUUUUGUUGAUUUAUCUUUUCCAUUUUUAGGUUAACUAAAAUGACUGUUUGCUC